CAGUUUCAUGUCCACCACCACCAUGCAGCUGAAGCUGAACCACCUCUGCUUCGUUUUGCCACCAGAGGACUUCGACGAUAUCGAGCCACCGGACCAAGAAAACCACCACAAUCCCACCACGGAGGUGUUGGAGAUCAGAAAGAAUCAUACCCGUCAUGAAUGCAUGAGUCAUUUUCGUGCUUUUGUCAAAGACUCUCUCUGCAGGCUCUACGACCUGAAAUGGAUCAAUCUGUGUCACCAUGACACGAGAAAGAGUCGACACCGAAACCAUUCUGGGGUGUUUCAGGACAUGGAUGGGAUAGAGCUCAAGGACAAGGUCGGAGGAGACAACCCGAGGAUCUUCAGCUUCUCGGAGCUUUAUAUUGGUUCCAAUGGUUUCAGUGAGGAACAAGUUUUGGGGAGUGGAGGGUUUGGGAAAGUUUACAGAGCUGUUCUGCCUAGUGAUGGAACUCUUGUUGCUGUGAAGUGCUUGGUGGAGAGAGGAGAGCGGUUCGAGAAGACCUUUGUGGCGGAGUUGCUGGCUGUGGCUCAUCUACGUCACCGGAAUCUUGUCCGGCUAAGAGGGUGGUGUGUUCAUGAGAAACAGCUCUUUUUGGUUUAUGACUACAUGCCAAACCUUAGCCUUGACCGUAUACUUUUCAGGAGACCUGAAAAUAUGGGGUCUCCAGCAGCAGUGCCUCUCAAUUGGGAGCGUAGAAGGAACAUAAUCGGUGGCUUGGCAGCAGCGCUUUACUAUCUCCACGAACAGUUGGAAACUCAGAUCAUUCACCGGGAUGUCAAAACGAGUAAUGUGAUGCUUGAUUCACAUUUCAAUGCUCGGCUAGGCGACUUUGGCUUGGCAAGGUGGCUGGAACAUGAGAUUGAGUACGAGAUAAAGACACCAUCUACGCAAAACCACCAGUUUCGGCUAGCAGAAACGACUAAAAUUGGUGGAACAAUCGGGUAUCUGCCACCGGAAAGCUUCCAGAAACGAAGCGUGGCUACUGCGAAGUCUGAUGUUUUCAGCUUUGGGAUUGUUGUUAUGGAGGUUGUGUCAGGUAGAAGGGCAGUGGAUCUCGCUUGUCCAGAUGAUCAGAUCAUAUUGCUAGACUGGAUCCGGAAGCUGUCUGAUGAAGGGAAGCUUUUACAAGCAGGGGACAGUAGGAUUCCAGACGGGUCUUAUCAGCUUGUUGACAUGGAGUAUCAGUUGCAUCUUGCACUUCUAUGCACACUUCAAAAUCCGCAGCUGCGACCAAACAUGAAAUGGGUUGUGGAAGCACAUUCUGGCAACAUUUAUGGCAAACUGCCGGGCCUCCCAUCGUUUCAGUGCCAGCCUCUCUACAUCUCUCUGUCCUCUGCCAGUAAUUAUAGCACCAGGUACACAAUAGCCUCCACAACAGCAACUUUUGCAUCAUCUAUUCUAUCGAACUAUGUGACAGCCACCGGAGAAACAAUAUAUGCAACUGCUGAAAAUGGAAGCAGUCGAAGCAGUGAGGUCAGCUCGACUGAAAGCUUCCCACAGAAGAAAGCAACAUUUCCUCUUGUUGAAACUCCAAGAGAAAUAUCCUACAUGGAGAUCAUAUCUGCGACAAAUAAUUUCGCAGAUUCUCAGAGGGUAGCAGAGCUGGACUUUGGGACAGCCUACCAGGGUUUUCUCAAUAACGGCCAUCAUGUCCUGGUAAAGCGGCUUGGCAUGAAGACUUGCCCUGCAUUGCGGGCACGAUUCUCAAAUGAACUUCAAAACUUGGGAAGGCUCCGUCACAGGAACUUGGUUCAGCUCCGUGGUUGGUGCACUGAGCAAGGAGAAAUGCUAGUUGUCUAUGAUUAUUUAGCUGAUCGCCUUCUAAGCCACCUACUGUUUAGUAAAGAUUACAGAUUUGGCAAUUCAAUCCUGCAAUGGCGUCACAGAUGCAACAUUAUCAAAUCGCUUGCUUCUGCGAUUCUCUAUCUCCACGAGGAAUGGGACGAACAAGUUAUUCACAGAAACAUUACCUCUUCUGCUGUUAUUCUUGAUCCAGACAUGAAUCCAAGGCUCAGUUCUUUUGCCCUUGCUGAAUUCUUGACACGGAACGACCAUGGGCAUCAUGCAGUUACUGACACAAGCAAAUCAGCUCGAGGGAUUUUCGGUUACAUGUCACCUGAAUGCAUGGAAUCUGGAGAAGUGAAUACAAUGACUGACAUAUACAGCUUUGGUGUAGUAAUGCUUGAGGUCAUCACCGGACAGAUGGCAGUUGAUUUUAGGCGGCCUGAGGUGCUACUGGUCAGGAGGGUUCAUGAAUUUGAGGCACGCACAAAGACUUAUAAGGAAAUGGCGGAUAUUAGGUUGAAUGGAGUUUACAAUCAGAAGGAACUGAUGAGACUGUUCAAACUAGGACUUGCUUGUACACGCUCUAAUCCUCAAUCAAGACCGAGCAUGAGGCAGGUUGUUCGAAUACUUGAUGGGAAUGACAACUGCUUGGCAGAACUACGCAGAAAAGAGGAAAGUAGGGAAGAAUGGAGACGAGUGAAUGAUUCUGCUCUGUCACUAAUUAAGAGGAUCCAAGCUCUAGGAAUACAAUGAUUCUCACCCGAGCAGCAGCAUAAGAGUGAGCACAUAUAAAAUUUACAGUAUGUUCUGUAAUGGAAAAUAAUUAUUUUCUCUUUUAACCUUUUAGCUUUAGAAACUUAGAUAUUGUGUGAGUGUAAAGACGUUAAUGACUUCCAUAUGUAUAUUUCUGAGGAAGUAGUGGAUCUCUAAAUAG